AUCUAGUGCCCAAUUUCCCCCCAUCCAAUCAUCUCUACCUCACUCUCUCCUUCUCAAAGCGUCAAAUUUGUAGCUAAUUUACACUCCAAGCGCUUAUAAAACCCUCUCAAUCUUACAAAACCCCGGAAAUUUUUCACCUGAAUCCCAUUUUCCGAUGCCUAUAUUUCUCCAUUUCCAUCUGAAAGCACACUAGUUUGUAAAUUUAUGAAAUUCUAGGGUUUCAAUUUUGAAGUUUAUUUUUCUUCAUUUUUUUAUAGAAGCUAGGGUUUCAGUAUUUGCGUGUAGUGUGUGGUUAGAUAUCGGGAGAAGGAAAGUGUAGUAUCGGAGUUUUAUUUAGUUUCGAUUAAAUGGAGGCUACGGCAACCGGUGGUGGUAGUGGUGUCGUUGCCUCCUCACGCGGUAGCUCUUUGCCGAUUUCUUCGUCUAGGAAGGAGUGGCGUGCUAUUUCUGAUCAUCAUUCCGUUCGAAAUGGCGUUGAUGAGGAAAUGGAAAGAUCAAACUUGGGGCAAUCAGAUGAGAGAACAAUAUAUGAGGUGCAGCAUAGAAGGGAGCCUGCUGAUGUAGACUUUUGUUCGAUCACUGUGGAUGGUAGUUUGGACAAUAACAUUCUGCAGCAGCGAAUUCAUGCUAUCACUAGACAAAGAGAAGAGCUACAACAGAUGGAGAUUGAACUUAAAGCUCAGAUGAUAGCUAGAUCUGAUAUCAUAGAAAUGCAAAACAGCUUUGACUCCCGAAUCAAAGAGCAUAAAGAUUCUGCAGCGAAACUUCAGGAACAACUUCAUGAAAGGGAACAGGCUAUACAUGAAUUAGAAAGGAGAAUGGAAGAGAAAGGGAGAGAAUUGCAUGCCAUUAAAUUGGAUAAUGAAGCGGCCUGGGCCAAAGAGGGUCUUCUCAGAGAACAAAACAAAGAAUUGGCGACAUAUAGAAGAGAGCGUGAUCAUUCAGAAGCUGAAAGGGGACAGCAUAUGCAGCAAAUACAUGACCUUCAAGAACAUAUUCAAGAAAAAGAGAGGCAAAUCCUUGAGUUGCAGGAUCAGCGUAGGGCUGAUCAGGAGGCCAUUUUUUUGAAGGAUGAACAAUUGAAAGUCUGGAUUGCACGUGUUCAGGAGAUGGAUGCGAUGCAAUCUACAACAAACCACUCAUUACAAGUUGAAUUACGAGAGCGUACAGAGCAAUAUAAUCAGCUUUGGCUAGGUUGCCAAAGACAGUUAGCAGAAAUUGAGAGACAUCAUUUGCACACCAUACAACAGCUUCAUCUAGAGCUAGCUGAUGCAAGAGAAAGGAAUGGAUCUUAUCCGGACGAGUCACACAUAUCUCAGGCAAGCUCAAAGGAAGCAUCAAAUUAUGCUCUAAAUAACGGAAUCGAACUUGAUGUUAGUGGAAGUGGUGCAACAAGUGCUAAUAAUGGAGCACUUACAAUUGGAAAUGCAGAUAAUGCAUCAAACCAGACCGAUCAUGCUGCUGGUGUUCCAAUUGCUCCAUCAUCUUUACUUGGGAUGCCCAGCUACCUUCCACCUGGACAGGUCACUGCACUUCAUCCAUAUAUUAUGCAUCAGCAGGGGAUUCCCCAGUCUAUGCCAUCACAUGUUCCUCAAUCUCAUUUUGGGCAUUUCCACUCAUUACCUGCAGUGUCAUCCCAUCCACAGUGGCAUAACCAACAGGCUGUGUCAGAGGGUGCACAGUUUUCCCAAACUGAUCACAACCAUAUAAGAGCAGAUGCGAAGUAUGAGUAUGAAACUGUUACUGGACAGGGCUUUCAUCCAGAUUAUCUGGACGUCAAUAUGAGCAACGGAACAAAGCCUAAUUCUGUAAUCUCAUCAUCCACUGGGGAAGCACAGGCUCUUGAGUCGAUGGAUAGAAGUUAUUUGGUAUCCUCCUCACCUGACCAGGGAUUACAACAGAUUUCUUCGCAUUUUAAUGAUUCGUUACAACUAAAUUCUCCUGAACAAAACAACCAAUUACAGGAGCAGAACUUGUUGAAAUUGGAUGAUAAGGGACUAAAUGGGCAAGUUUUGACAGAAGAACAAGCCAGUUCUGCCAGUUUAUCACUGUCUGAAGCAUCUGCGCUUUCAGUUAAUCUUAGUGAAGCCACAAUCAGUAACAAUGCUGGUAAAGGUUUGGCUGAGGCAUCGGUGUCAACUGGGCAGACUAAUGCGGUGAAUGCAGGAAAAAUUUCAGAGACUGUCCUUCUUGAUGAAAGAUCUCUGCUAGCUUGCAUUGUUCGCACAAUUCCAGCUGGUGGUAGAAUUCGGAUCAAUUCGACGCUGCCAAAUAGGCUAGGCAAGAUGCUUGCACCUUUACAUUGGCAUGAUUACAAGAAGAAGUUUGGGAAGCUUGAUGAUUUUGUGGCUGGUCAUCCAGAACUGUUUUCAAUCGAGGGUGAAAAUAUUCAGCUUCGAGAAGGAGCUCAGGAAAUGAUAGCUGCUACAGCAGCUGUCGCUAAAGUUGCUGCUGCAGCAGCUGCAUCUUCUCCUUACUCAUCAUAUAUGUCUUCUGUGGCUGUUACUCCAAUGGCACAGUCUCACCGGCUCAGGAAGGUCCCAUCAAUUGAUUCUAAACAUCCCAAUGGUGUUAGUUUUGGUGCUGCUGGUGGCAUUUCAAAUGUGAAAAUUUUGAGCAAACCAAAAGAAUCUCCGAAAAUGGAUGAACUGGAUUUUGAUAGAUUGAACGUAACUAUUGCACAAAGCAAGGGUGCAAUUCAUAGGAAGUCUAAUUCGAGCAUUACUGGAAAGCAGCAGGGAAGGAUGACUGGUGCCUCAUUAACCUCUGGCAGAUCAUGAGAGGAAAUGCAAAUGAUGCGGAGUAACCUGUUUGAAGCUUUAUAUAUGGAUGAUUGGAGCCAAACUCUUAUUCCUGAUUGAAAUUGCCAGUCAUGGCUUUUGUUUAUGAAAAACAAAAAACAAAUUCAGCUUUUGUUUAUGAGAAAAAAUAUUUCUUCAUUGAA